AGAAGUGAUUCCUGCUGGGCGUGUACCUGACGGGACCAGGGAAUUUGGACUAACCACUGCCUGGCGUGUGGUGCACUCAUUCUUGAAACCUCUACACUGGGAAGUGAAGGCAAGGACGAUCAAAAGGUCAAGAUUAUACCUGGCUGCACAGCCAAAUUACAGACCUGCGACAGGAGUCUGGGUCCCAAAAAGACCCGACGGGGUUGAGGAAGGGGCAUAUACACGUGGACUGUUCCUUGACCCUUUAAUGGAGUCGUCCAAAGGCCACCAAUCCGCCGCCGAUUAGCUAGUUAAUGGCAGCCUUGUUCACCAAUCGGCUGUCCGAGGUAGGCCCCUCGGUCCAAUCGCGGCGCGGCACCGGGUGGCCUAGCAGUUGCGCAGAGGCAGAGAGCUCCGAGGCGUCCCAUUGGCUGGAUCAAACCCAAGCGGUCCUCUGAUUGGCUAGCGCUGCGGAGGGUUGUAAUUCAAACGCGGGCGGCGGCCCGCAGCCCCGCAGUUGCCCUUUCGUCUCCGCACGCCUGUCUCGGUGCCAGCGACCCCGGGAUGGCCUCGCAGAACCGCGACCCAGCCGCUGCCAGCAUCGCCGCCGUUCGCAAGGGAGCCGAGCCCAGCGGGGGCGCCGCCCGGGGCCCUGUGGGCAAGAGGCUACAGCAGGAGCUGAUGACUCUCAUGACAUCUGGUGACAAAGGAAUUUCCGCCUUCCCUGAAUCAGACAACCUGUUCAAAUGGGUAGGGACCAUCCAUGGAGCAGCCGGCACAGUAUACGAAGACCUGAGGUAUAAACUCUCCCUAGAGUUCCCCAGUGGCUACCCUUACAAUGCGCCCACAGUGAAGUUCCUCACGCCCUGCUACCACCCCAACGUGGACACCCAGGGCAACAUCUGCCUGGACAUCCUCAAGGAUAAGUGGUCCGCACUGUAUGAUGUCAGGACCAUCUUGCUCUCUAUCCAGAGCCUGCUGGGAGAACCCAACAUCGAUAGCCCUUUGAACACACAUGCUGCCGAGCUCUGGAAAAACCCUACAGCGUUUAAGAAGUACCUGCAAGAAACCUAUUCAAAGCAGGUCUCCAGUCAAGAGCCCUGAUGCAAGCUGUCCAGCCUCUCUUCUCGUGUUGUCUUCGUUCCUAGGUGGUCUGUCCUUUCCUUGAUUUGUGGUGUUAUUUUCGUUUUAUUUGUUUUUUUAAAUUAAGUCUGCUUGAACCCUCACAAUGUAUAUUAAAUAAAUACAUGAUGAUUGUUUUUGUAUAAA